AUGCGCCCCUUGAGCACCACACCGGCUGCCUUGCGCCUGAGCGCCCGGGGCCCACGGUUGCCACUGCUGCUGCUGCUGCUCUUCCUUGUCCUCUCUGCAGUGGACCCGAGACCCCUGGAAGGUCAGGAUUCGGCUCAGCUGGAGAGGGUGAAGCAGGACAUCCUGGCCAGGCUGGGCCUUGAGAAGCCGCCGACCGUCCACCAGACGCCGGGUCCGGCCGCCGUACGAGAAAUGCAGAGAUUGUACCGGGAGACAGUGGCUCAGCUCCGGGCAAACCAGACUCAGCGGCCUCCGACCACGAGUGUCCAUCGCCUGCCGCUGAAACUGGAGCCCAUCGGCGAAGCCUCUUCUUCCGAAAGCGGCCCCCUCCGGCACCUCUACCGCCUGGAGGUUUCCAGAACGGCCGACCUCCAUCGGCACCUCCAGGUCCUCCGGGCGGAGCUGAGGAUUCUUCAAGCCUCCCUCCCUCCCCUUUGGGGCACCCCCCAGUCUAACCAGAGCAGGCCUGCUGGGCCCCUGAAGGUCCACCGACUGGCAGAUGAGGGGGACCCAGCAGCCACCCCCAAGGUGCCCCGGGCCUCUCGAGGGGUCCCCCCAGCCCUCGACCUCAAGGCCGCUGUGGAAGAGUGGCUGGCCAGCCCCGAAUCACGGCUCCGCCUGGGGCUGGAGGUCCCGUCUCCUGCCCCGGCCCCAUGGCUGAAUCCAGGGCGGGAGACGCUGGUGCUGGAGGUGGAGGCCCGGGAGCGCCACGGCCGAGCGAGGAAAGCCAGGCAGCUGGAGGAGGAGGAGGAGGAGUGUGCCACGGAGGACGGGAAAUGCUGCCUGCGCUCGCUGAGGGUCUCCUUCGAGGCCAUCGGCUGGUCCGACUGGGUGGUGGCCCCCCGGAGCUACUCCAUGAAGUUCUGCGACGGCUCCUGCCCCCAUAACUACAAGCCGGCCAGCCUGCACGCCCAGAUCAAGGCCCGGCUCCACAGCCUCUCCGGGGAGACCCCAGCCCCCUGCUGCGUCCCGGCCGCCUACGAGCCCAUGGUCCUGAUGCACUACGGCAGCGAAGGGCGGGUGGUCACCCAGCUCUUUGAGGACAUGAUCGUGACCCGGUGCCACUGUGCCUGAAGAGCCUCCGUGGGAGCCCACGGGGGCCCCUGUUGGGUGACCUCCCGGGCUUCCCGAGGGUCACCACCCACCGUGGGAAACGGUGCUUUUUGGGGCCCGGCCGCCUGACCCGGUUCUUCUUGUUGCCCCAUCGCUGGAGGAACCUUCCAACCCCCCCCACCUCACCUACCCACUCCCCAAAGGGAGAUGCUGAACGGUUUAGGGGCUGUUUGCAUUCACACCUCAGGUCCUUUCGAGGUGAAAGGCGGGGUAAAAAAAUUGUUUAAAUAAAUAAAUACCAAAGCCAGUUUCCAUGCUGACUAGGUCACCGUUCUAUGGGGCAGGAGGGAAAAGAGGGAAGAAAGAACCCUAGAUGCUUCUUAAAUUCCCCCCUCCUUCUUGAGUUUUCAGCUAUAAGCACUUUAACACACCCAGACAUCUGAUGAUGAUGGGCAUCGUGGGGAGGAGGAUUGAUCAUGGACUGGUCCUACUAGACCCUCGACCUCAGACUAUAUAUAUAUUUUAAUAACUGUUCUCAAAUCUUUUUAUUCUGUUGUCUUAUUUAUUAUUAACUUAUUCUUGUUUAUAUCUAUGGUGUGUAUGUGGGGUGUUGUGGGUUUUGUUUUUUUGGUCUUUUCAUGUACAUAUUAUUUAUAAGAGGAGAUUUAUCUGGAAA